UCUCUAAAAAAAAGGUUCUAUCACGAUCAGUCCGUCAAAAACAUGAAUUCCUACGACGAUUACACCGGGGCUAAGACAUGCGUCUUCUGGGACAUUGAGGAUUGUCCGCUCCCUGAUGGUCUCAAUGCUGUUGAUGCUACGAACAACAUUCGAAACGCCCUCAAGUCUGCGUGUUUUAAGGGUGAGGUGUCAAUCAUUGCUUUUGGUGAUAUAAAGAAGUACCUUGUUGGUCUAAAAUCAAACAAAGAAAUCAAGUUCAAUCAGAUCCCUCAAGGAGAUUUACGUGCGAGACGUGGAGCUAUUUGUGAUAGCUUACUUUCCUGGGUUAUGAAUAAUGAUCGGACAAAUUUGAUGAUAAUCAUUGGAGAUAUUACAGAGAACAUUUCAUUGCGCAUGUUUCUUCAUGGUCUGGUUGAGAAGGGUUUCAAUCUUCUCAUCUCACAGUCUCCUUCAAACAGGUCAAUACCCAUGCACCAUUCUGUGUUUACCGAGUGGCUUUGGCCUGACCUAGGUCUUGGAAAAGAUCCUAUCUUCAAAAGGGGAGACCCAGUACUUGGUAAUGGGGAUUACGUAUACCCUCCUCCUCCAGCAAAGGUUCCUAAAAAUGCGAACACCGUUGAUGUUACUGAUGACCCUGAUUUUGGAACGGAUAUUUCACUGCUGUUUCAGUGACCUAGCUGCAUCAGAGAAGGAAUGUCACCGAAGACUUGUAAUUAUCGACUAAAUAUG